ACUUAGCAACGCGUUUGUGUGCAGCUUCACUAGUCGGGAAGAAGGAAAGGAAAACAACUUGGCGCAAACUCCCUCGGAAUUCAGACUUAAGAAUAAACAUACUGUUAUAAUUAAAACUGAUAUAAAUUGACGCUUUAUUACGAAUUUUUGCGUUAAAGACAUUUGCGCCAUGGUGAAGUUACGAGCCAGGUGUAUUGUUGUCGGAGAUGCAGCAGUAGGGAAGAGCGCCCUGUCUCAUAUGUUCUGCAGCGAUGGUUCUCACUUCCAGAAGAACUACAGCAUGACUGCUGGUGUGGAACUACUGGUGAAGUCAGUGAACAUUCCAGAGACCAGUGACAGUGUGGAGCUGUAUAUCUUUGACUCUGCAGGACGGGAGACUUUUGUGGAGGCAUGUGAGAAAAUGUGGGGGCAGCCAUCAGUGGUGUGUGUGGUAUUUGAGAUCAGCAGCCUGGACUCGUUCAACAGUUGCAGCCGCUGGCUAGAGAGAGUCCGAGCUCAGUGCAAUGGACUGCAGUUACUAGGUGUGUUAGUGGGGAAUAAGUCGGACCUGGCAUCGAGGAGAGAGGUGGAAACAGCCGUGGCGCAGGAGUGGGCACAGGAACAAGGUCUCCAGUACCUUGAGACCUCUGCUAAGGAGAUGGAGAGCUGUGAUGCCCCCUUUCUGAGUUUAGCCCAAGCCUUUUAUGCUCUGUAUCAGGACAGGAGGCAGAUGAUCCAGAGGCUCGGUUAGGAUUCCACAGAGACAGACAAACUCUGAUGGUCUGUUUAUAGCUCAUGUGUACAUAUUUAUUUAUUCAAUCAUGACAGCUUAACUUAAUAAUCCAAGAGUGCAGCAGUUCCUCACUGUAUCCUACAAGGUUCAGUAUUGGGGCGUCUUCUUUAUAACGCACCGUUACAUGGCCAAAUGUUUGUGGACAUCUGACCAUCACACCCAUAUGUGGGCCUUCACCAAACCACAAAGUUGGACGCACACAGUUGUAUAGAAUGUCUUUUGUAUGCUGUAGAAUUACAAUUUCCCUAAAAUUAAGGGGUCCAAGCAUGACAGUGCCUCUGUGCACAAAGCGAGGUCCAUGAAGACAUGUUGCCAAGGUUGGGGUGGAAGAACUCCAGUAGCCUGCACAGAGCCCUGACUUCAAACCCACUGAACACCUUUGGGAUGAAUUGGAAUGCCAACGUGCCCCAGGCCUCCUCAAUGCCUGGCCUCACGAAUCCUCUUCUGGCUGAAUGGGUAAAUUCCCACAGCCACGCCCCAAACUCUAGUGGAAAACCUUCCUAGAAGGGUGUAGGAUAUUAUAAUAGCAAAGGAAGGAGGGGUAAAUCUGGAACAGUACAUAUCGGUGUGAUGGUCAAGUCUCCACAACUAGUAGCCAUAUAGUGUAUCUACUCAAUUUCCCUCUCCAUUAUUUGUCUAAUAUCAUUUAAACUUCUAUGGCGAUGAUUCACCAGUUUAUCUCAGCAUGAAACCUUCUGCUCCUCUCCCUCCUCCUGCUUUAAUCAGCUGCCUACAGGAAAGCAAAUGCUGGAUGACUUCAAACUUUCUCCUGAACUGAACUUUGACAAAACAGAGAUGGCAUUCUCAAAACUCCUUAUUGUAACCCCUGUUCAAAAUCAUCUCAAAAACACUCCCUUUUCAGUCACGUAUAAAUUCUGCAAUAAAAUCUUCACAAUAUUGCCUAUCUCUGGUCCAGUCUAAGCUUUCAGGAUCUACAAAGGUGUUUAUCACAUCUUAUCUUGAUUACUGUAGCUAACAUUUUUUCCUCUUAUAUCCCUUAACAAACAGUAUAGGGGUAUCGUAAUGUGUCCAAUUACUCAACUUAAUUGGCUUCACAGUCCAGAUCAACUUCAAGUUCCUUAUUAUUAAAUUUAAAGCACUCCCUGAACUAGACCUUUCCUACCUUUCUGAACCCCUAUACAGCAACCCACUCACUCAGAUCUAGAUCAAGAUUCCUUAUACAAAAGUCUCCAGAGUUGGUGACGGAACCUUUAGUGUCACUGGCUUGAAACUCUGACUUCACAAACCUCAUUCAAAACAAACCUCAACAAAUACAUGUUUAGUUUGUUGCUUUCUCUCCCACACACAAGUCUCAGUGUCUUAAGCAUCCUCUCUUGCCUUUCAUUCUGAUGGAUUUGUUGACGCAAGAUUAUUUUUUUAAAAUGUUAUUAUUACUGUAUAUUAAUUGCUUUGGUUUAUUCUAUAUGUUCACUCUUUUUUGUUUUAAAUAUACCGUGAUUUGAUACCUUGAAUGUGAAAGGUUUUAAAUAAACAACAACAUUCGGUUUGAUUCCCGCUUCCGCCCUAUGUGCACAGAGUUUGCAUGUUCUCCCCAUGCUUCAGGGGUUUCCUCCGGCUACUCCAGUUUCCUCCCCCAGUCCAAAAACAUGCGUUUAGGCUGAUUGGCAUCACUAAAUUGUCUGUAGUGUGUGAGUGUGUGUGGGAUUUUGCCUUGUGAUGGGUUGUCACCCCGUCCAAAGUGUCCCCCGCCUCAUGCCCCAAGUCCCCUGGAAUAGGUUCCGGGCUCCCCCACCACCCUGUGUAGGAUAAGCGAUACAGAACAUGGAUGGAUGGAUGAAUAAUAAUAAUAGCUGUUGUUUGUUGAUGUCCUCACUAUUUUACCUGACCACAGUAUGGUUAUUUUGGAGCUGGGUACCUCAGAUUUUACUUAAAAGUAAGACCUAAGAAUAUUUUGAUCCUACUGCAGAUACAAUAACAGAGGGGACGUCUAAUUUGAAGGUCAUGUUAUUUCUAAUGGUGGUAUAGAUCUAUGCUUGUCUGCUAAUAUUUCCGUUUUGAUUUGUACAGGUUCUAUAUAGCCAUAUUACAGUUACGUGCAGUAUUGUUUCUUUGGUGCUGAUAAACCCAGGGGGGUUGCAAUAAAUUUUUAAUGCUUUUGUUGCAACACACCACACCAGUUCACGAGGAGAGCGUGCGGCGUGUCUAAGUUAGUGAGGCUCACACUGCUUGUGCCCUUUCCUCAGAGAUUUCAAACUCGCAGUGCUGAAUUUAAGCCAAGCGCCACACUUCACUGAACAAAACGGGGUUUAGACGAGGCAGCGGCCAUGUUGUCUCCUUUCCUGUCAUUGCCGUGAUGUGAUGGAUGUUCAAAGAAAUGCUGUGGCGUUCGAGUGAAAUGUUCACAGCUUUCUCAGGGUCGGUGUGACGCAGAUUUGGACAGAGAUGAAUGAAAUAAAGAUGCUUUAAUGUCGUAUAACACACGCACUCACAAGCGCAGACACAAAGCCAACGUCCUUGAUGUGUGCUUGUGUCUCUGCGGCUUUUUAAAAACCCCGUUUGUGUGUGGACGCGUACGCUUCAGAGCACAUCUAUGGCAGUGUAAUCUAAUUUCACACUCUGUAUUAAUGCUGCCCUAUCCAUGCUCAUAAGAGCCACGAUUAUAAGAUCCAUCAGACACAUCGAGAGCCGAGAAAUCUAAAAUAGCUUUGCCCUAUAUUAACCAGAAGGACAAUGGCUGCAUUUUUAAUUUUUACAAUAAUGUGGAAGUGUAUUUAAUUUAAUUCUUCAUGAAUAAAAAAAUCUAAUAAAAGAGUUGUUAUUAAAGCUGUGCUCAUC